AUGCCACAGAAGCCAGUGGCAAAUUUUACGUGUGUGAUCAAUCUCGAUGAUCACGAUGAUGAAGAGAUCAAACGAGCCGUUCUUCCAAGAACAGCCAAAAAGUAUGAGCGAAGUCUGAAGAUUUUUAACAAAUUCCUUGAGCUACACCCCGCUGCCUGCUCUCCCCCCGAUAUCAAAACUUUUAAAGGGUUUUUGGAAUUUUACGUAAGAAACACGCCAGGUCAGAUCGAGGAAAAACCUACACCAGAAACCGUCGAGAAUUUCCGCCGGGACUUCGAAACAGCUCUGGCUCGGUCUGUAUACUACCAAAUCUCAAAGUAUAUCAUAUCGGACUUGAAGACCAAACUUGGUCUUCCAGAUGCUGAGAUGUCCAGAGAUGGACUCUCUCCAAAUGAUUUGACCAUCCUUCUAACACAGCUCUGGUGUCGGGACUUUAAGGAAUACCGCGGCCAGUAUCCUGACCGGAGUAGAGUACAGCUUACUGCAUCAAUAUUACUCUAUUGCUUUUCAUCCGCCCGAACUGGAGAGGUGCAUGAGUCAACAGCUCGCCGAUCUAUUGCCCGGCAGAAGGACGGCGGCGACGACAAUGACGCGAAUCUCCGAGCCAGUGCCAUGGCUGCAUGCUACAAGCAUUUUAUCCUCACCAUAGAACUGGUUGAUGGCAUUCCGAUGUUGGUGUUGACCUAUGCUCGGGAGUUCGUAAAGGGGUACUGGAGAAUGAAAAAAUGGGAACCUCCAGUACACGCUUUCUACGAGGUGUACAAAGAGGAAGUCCCGCUCUUUUUCAACUUGAUUUUCUUCAUGCUUCCGUUGUUUUCUGCUGAUCAUGCCUUCUGCCAUUACAAAUCGUAUACCGAGAUCCUUGACGAAGUGGACUCCAUCAAGCUCAGCAACUUAGAGUCGCAAAGAAACCACGUCAUCUCCAGGAUCUAUUUUCGAAAAGAUCUCUUGGAUACUCCGGUAUUUAGGCCGUUUAGCGAGCUGAAUUAUGAAACCUCCACUGGUAGGGCAAGAGGUGCUGAUGCGUUUGGAAAAGAGUUUGCUGCACUUGGGUAUCGGAGCGGGUAUGAACAGAAUGUUACUGCCCAAUUCGCGUUCCUUAGCGCCCAACUUGCGAUGGCCGAUAGUCCGGAAACGGCGCACGAGAUCCACUUGCAACGGCGUCGAGUCCAGAGCCAAAAGGAUAAGCUGUAUCUUGAGGAACUUAAAUGGCAACGGGAGGUCCAACAGGGUACUCAAACAGGAAGCGUCUAUGAACAAACUCUCUUCCACUACCGCCGACGAGCUAUGCCAGAGCGGGACCUCCUCGCUCAGAUUUUGCCAACUAAGUCAACUAUACGAAGCCCAGCUGGACAGGACGCUAUGAAGGCGCUGGAAGCAAUCUGCAGCCAGUACCAUCCGGUUACCUAUCGAUCAGGGUUACGACCGGUCAACGGCAAGUGCAUUUGUGGUGAAUCAGUAGAUACUGGAUAUACAAAGAACAUUACCGCCCGUGCCUGCCGACGUUGGGCGCUUAUGGAAGCGGACAAGAAGUAUUCGGAGACGGCGCGGAUGAAGCAUGCUGGCCAGGUCCACAGGGACACAUAUGGAAAAUCAUAUGCACAUCCUCUGUCAGAGGUUGAUGGACCUGCAACGUUCCUUGGUAUUGCAUCUCAUCAUGAGCAUAUUCAGAAUCGUCGUAGUAUGGGCAUACAUCGCAACCCAUACCUGUGGCAGUUGCUUCCAGCUAAGGCUGAGUUUGAGUUCCAGGAGCGAAGUGAUGUUAUGGCCCUCGACAAAGAAGUGCAGAGCCUCAGCACGCGGUUGAGUCUUGCAGAGAGCCGUCAUGAUAAGCAGCAAAUUCAAUUAGAACAGCACUGGGUAUACAACAGGAAGCAACAACUAUAUGCGGAAGAGCUAAGGCAUCUACAGCAGGUUCAACCCAGAACAGCUGAUGGGAGUAUUCAUGAGCAGUCACUAUUCCACUAUGUACGAAGGGUAAUUCCAAAGCGUGAUCUCCUAGCUCGGAUUCUUCCCACAGGCGUUGAUAUACGUAGUAUUACUGGAUGGGCGGCUCUACGGGCCCUGGAGGCGAUCUGUUUGCGAAAGGGAACAGACACCUAUCGUUCCGGCAUAAGUCCUCUGGAAGGAAAGUGUUUAUGCGGAAAGCUUACUGAGACCUUCAUUGCUCACCGUCGUUGGUCUCAUCUUUAUAAUUACUACAAAAAACGACUGCAGGAGAUGAGUGGCCACAGACAUGCCUGGGUAGCUAAGGUUGCCAGAAUCCUUCCCUUGUCUGCCUUGAUUGACUUUAUUGAUAUUCCAGAGAAGCUACAUAUCUUCCAACUGACAGGUGCUGUCCCGUUAUGGAGCUGGCCCAUUACGCUGUCGGGCAGUCGCCUCCUUCUUUCCGACCAGCACACCGAGCACGAAUGCUACCUCGAUCGAUAUGGGAGCAGCAUGGCCUUUUUGGCCCUUGAUGGCCGAUAUGGUGACAAUUAUACCGUCAGUAGCCCGGAGACAGUCCGCCAAUGUCUUUCCACGCAAACACCGCGCAUCAUUUGCAACCUCCACGCGAACAUGUCUGGAACCGAUCUGAGGAUCCAGAACUUGGAGUUUGUCCACAUUGUCAGGCUGGGAGACAAGGAGAGCCCUCGACGGUCAAAUUCGUGGCUCAGUCAUAUUUUCAUCAGUCAUGGCGCGGCAACUUUGCUCCGCCUUUUGCGCAGCAGUCCUCGGAACUGGUCUCGUGACAUUCCUCUUGUAUGGGUGCCAACCCAGACGAUUGCUAGUCAAGACCGCAGCAUGUACAAUCGGCUGGUCUUAGUGACCGAGCACAUGAACUCGACCAAGUGGACAGUGUUCUAUGGCGAGAGUACUAUCGUGAACUCCUUGCUGAACCGACCGCUCGAGCCUGAUGGCCCGGAACCGUCGCCUUUCUUGGUGCUCUGCCUGUUCAUGGCCCUGCGCAUUCUCAUUCUAGGACAAUGGGCUAUUGUCAUUGGUGCUACGGCAUUGAAGGGCUGGGAUGCGUAUUUUACUACAUUCUGGAUUGCAUUCUGUAUUUUCUCCCAUGCCUAUCUGAUUCCACCUCGCACCAUCGUGAAGGGCUGGAUGCGUUCCAAUGCAGGUUUUCGGAUCAACCGGUUUAGCACGAGGCUCAGUUCGCGCAGGGCUCUUCUAAACACGAUCGUCGCACUCAAUCCAGACACAUUCUGUUGGUUACCAAAGGAGGACCGCGAGGAUCGGACGAAAUUUGACCGAGGAGGGAUGAAAUGGGUUGACCCAAUAUUAGCGCAAGGUCCCAGCCGGUCUGAGUGGGAAGAAGCGACUCGCGAAGCAAUCACUGAGGCGGCCGAACGAUACCCUAAUGACGAGACAUUGGUGAUGCAAAUGUGCCAUGACAAAGAAGGGAACAGCUUGAGCUCGGCAUGGAAUUUAACAUAUCCGACUGAGAGGAAAAACUAUUGGAAGCCCUUCAUUCUGGAAGGUAUUUACAUGGCUGCAAAGCUGAGGCUAGAAGCAAAAGCUCCAGGUCGAAAGUUGCCGGUGAAGAUUUAA